CUUCAAUUCAAGAUGAGUACAAAAUUUUAUAUGAAGAUGGACAUGGGAAUGUUAUUGAUGAGAAUGGUGGUCCUGAGCCCAUGGACUACAUUGUUGAUCAGAAUGAAUUUAUUGUUGAGACUAUUGCUACUCAUACAGAGUACUUGGGAAAUAAAGCCAAAAUUGAUGAUGUUCGUAUGAAGAACGCAAAACCAAAACGAGACUAUGUGCGUUAUACAGUUCAGGAUAAAGUUAGGUUUUUCGAACUGAAGAUUGAAAAAUGUAUGACUGCAUCAGCUGCAGUAAAACAGUUGGGCAUUCACCCUCGAACAGCUUAUAGAUGGAUCAGCCAGUAUAAUGUGUGCCCUGACAAUAUUUUUGAUAGUUGUAAAAAAGUAGGUCGUAAGUGUAUCUUAAGUGAAGAGCAUAAAACAACUGUCAUCGACUUCAUUGAUGCUAACCCCUCUGCUACUGUUGUUGAAGUGACUGAGCAUUUAUUAAAGCGAUUUCAUGAUCUUAAAGUAUCACGCAGCACAGUUAAUAACUUUAUGAGACGUGAGUGCAACCUUUCGUUGAAAAAAGCAGAUUUUCAUUCUAUUGAGAGAAACAAUCCAGCAAAGAUUGAGGAGCGAUGCAAUUGGGUUUCUAAAUGGGAACGAACAGACAUGAACUCCUUGACGAAUUGCAUAUUUCUUGAUGAGUCUGCUUUCGACAUCAACAUGAAGCGCUCAAGAGCCUGAUCUAAAAAAGGUACUCAAGCUAUUGUUACCAGACCUACAAC